UUCUCCCUCUCUCUCCAUCCUUAAAUCUCUUUAUUAUCCCACCAUUUGCUACAGAACCUCUUGAUCACAUUCAUCUUCAAUCCAUUCUAAACUUCAAUCAUAUCAAAAUUUUCACACAUUUGAACCACAAAAAUUAAAAGAAGAUGAGAGAAAUAUUGCAUAUGCAAGCUGGUCAAUGUGGGAAUCAAAUUGGUGCAAAAUUUUGGGAGGUUGUUUGUGCUGAACAUGGGAUUGAUGAUUCUGGUAAAUACGUCGGUACUACCGAUGUUCAACUCGAGAGGUUGAACGUUUAUUAUAAUGAAUCCACUGGAGGUCGAUAUGUUCCUCGAGCUGUCAUGAUGGAUCUUGAACCAGGUACUAUGGAUAGCUUGAGGUCUGGUCCUCACGGUAAGAUAUUCCGACCGGACAAUUUUGUUUUCGGACAAAAUGGAGCAGGAAACAAUUGGGCCAAAGGACAUUAUACUGAAGGAGCAGAAUUGAUUGAUGCUGUUCUUGAUGUUGUUCGAAAGGAAGUUGAAAAUUGCGAUUGCUUGCAAGGGUUCCAAAUUUGUCAUUCGCUUGGUGGUGGUACCGGUUCCGGUAUGGGUACGCUACUUUUAUCCAAGGUUCGAGAGGAGUACCCAGAUCGAAUGAUGAUGACAUUCUCUGUAUUUCCUUCACCAAAGGUGUCGGAUACGGUUGUGGAACCUUACAACGCCACGUUGUCCGUACAUCAAUUGGUUGAGAAUGCGGAUGAGUGCAUGGUUCUUGACAAUGAAGCUCUCUAUGAUAUAUGUCUCAGAACUCUCAAGCUCACAAACCCUAGCUUUGGUGAUCUAAAUCAUCUGAUAUCAACGACAAUGAGUGGUGUAACUUGUUGUCUAAGAUUCCCUGGCCAGCUCAACUCCGACCUCAGAAAGCUUGCUGUGAAUUUAAUCCCAUUCCCGCGUCUACAUUUCUUCAUGGUAGGAUUUGCACCAUUGACGUCACAAAAAUCUCAACAAUACCAAUCUCUAUCAAUCCCCGAACUAACCAUCCAAAUGUGGGACGCGAAAAACAUGAUGUGCGCUGCUGAUCCAAGACACGGACGCUACCUGACUGCAUCCGCCAUGUUCCGUGGCAAAAUGAGUACAAAAGAAGUUGACGAACAAAUGAUGAAUGUUCAAAACAAGAACUCAUCUUAUUUUGUUGAAUGGAUUCCAAACAAUGUGAAAUCAAGUGUUUGUGAUAUUCCUCCCACCGGGCUAUUGAUGUCGUCGACAUUUAUUGGGAAUUCGACAUCGAUACAGGAAAUGUUCCGAAGGGUGUCAGAACAGUUUACUGUCAUGUUUAGAAGGAAAGCUUUCUUGCAUUGGUAUACUGGUGAAGGUAUGGAUGAAAUGGAAUUCACUGAAGCUGAGAGUAAUAUGAAUGAUUUGAUUGCUGAGUAUCAACAAUAUCAAGAUGCUACUGUUGGUGAAGAGGAGUAUUAUGAGGAGGAUGAUGAACAAGAGCUUUAAUUUGUAUUUCAUGCACCUUAUGUUCUUGUUGUUUUUUGUGGCUGAGUUGGUUCAAAAUUUGUGGUACUAACUGAUGAUUUUAUUUGGGGUUUGAUUGUUUAAAGCAUUAAUGCAAUGUUGUGUGAUCUAUUGUAAUGGAUUAUAAAUUAAAUCAAGCACUUUUCCUGUUCUUUUCAAAUUUCA